AUGAAUGAAGUUUCGAAGCCUUUACCGCAGGUGCCUCCAGUUAUGGAUAGUGAGCAGCCUAAAAGAGACAAAAGCACAGAGAUACCGAGCAGGAAGAGGCCGAUAAAGAGACAGGACGAUGACGAUGACGAAGAAUUUGAGUUCUUCCAUAAGUUUUCUAGAGGCAAUGUCCGCGGUGUCAUACAUUUAAUAACGGCAGAGUUGAAAGAACGCGGUACAGAUGUAGAGUAUUUGAUGAUACCGUUACGACCAGAACAAACUAAUGAAAAGUUACUGAGCUUUCUAAACCAAAUAUUCCCACUUGGAAAUGGACAGCCUGUAAAUGAGAAAAAACAAAUACGAGUAGUCAAUAAGACAGAUGUAUGGACAUUAUUUCAAGCGCUAAAAUACAUUUGGUGUAGACUUCCGGACUCAGAGGUUGUCGGUUGGAAGGCGUAUAAAGAGUUUAAAAUUCGUGAAAAGGAAAAAGACUAUCCAAGAAAGUCAUUUUUAGAGAUUAUGCCUCAAUGUUUAGCCUCACCAAACCACGCAUCAAUAGUAUACGAUUUUUUUGAUCUCAUAGUAACCAUAUCUUCGAACUCAAAGAAAAACAAGAUGAGUGCAAGGAAGAUAUCGAAAAUGUGCGCCAUCUGGGCAUUCAAUGAUAACAAGAGCUCAAGCACAGAUUAUGAUUUCGACUCCUCAUCACCGCAAACAGUUAAUAACUCCAUUCAAAAUGGUUUCGAUCAAUGGAUACCUGGGUCAGACGCCAUGUUUCAUCUAUUAUUAGCAUUUUUGAGAAGCUUUGUACCGAAAGAUGUGGAAAACGCUAAAUUACCCAGAACUCUAAAAAAUUUACUAUUUACUAACGAAUACCCCCCUCAAGACUCUACAGCGUUCAAUUCGGAAACUAUUCUGACAAUUCCGCUAGUAACUUUACAUACGGAUGAAUUUUCUAGGAAACCUUGGCAGCUUCUGGAGAGAUGCAACGAGAUGUUAGAUUUCUCUGAUCAUGAGGCUUUCGAAGCGAGGGAAGACUAUGCCCUUUUGAAGUCCCUAUUUAAAAAGAAGAAUAAUGUUGAAGGUAUAAGUAGGAAAAUGUCUCAGGAAUCAAGGAGGUUGAUGAAAGUACUCUCCACAAAGCAUUCCACAUUUCAGGCGGGCUGGGCACCUCGUAAAGCUUUGGCUAAUGAUUUAGGACUUAAAUCCAAAAUAAGCGUAAAUCGCCUUGAUAUUGACGAUUACUUCAUCUGGACCUGGUUGUCUACUCUAUCUUAUGAAGAAACAUCUGACAAAAGGAAAAUAUUUGGCCGCUCGUUAAUUCUUGAAUUUGAAUUUGACGGAUUCAAGAAAUGGGUAGUCUUCCAAGAAUCAGACUUAGUGUUAGAGCAUAUGUUGAAUGAACAAAAAAAGAAGUCAACAAUAAAAAAUAAAAAAGCUCAAGAAACCACACAGAGUGAUAAUACUAAAGAUAAUGAACAUGUUAGUCAAGAUAUCAGAAAUAUUACACCUCCUUAUGAGAAAUUCCAGAAAGAAGUUCUUAAUAAUUCUGUAAAUCCCUCUAAUGGUCCGUCCAAUGGCUAUCAUACUGUUAUUGAUCUUGAUGCUAGAAAGGAUAAGAACAACAUGAAGCACAAAAUUCAAAAAUGGAAUCCACUUAAUAAUCUAAGGAAAAAAAGUGGAGGAAAUGCUGAGGCAAAGGAGCUACAAGGAGAACGUAAGAAGGUUAAGAAUAAUCAAAAUUAUGACAGUGCACCAUUGACAGACUUGAGUGACCCGUUGGACUAUAAACUUCCGGACAUUGAACCGGAUAAUGAAGGCUUCUCCAUCGAAUUUCCGGAUAUAAUACCAGAUACAGCUAUAAAUACACGUACUGAAAAUGGUCAUCAGAGCGAUCAUGUUAAAGUGGAAAAUUUGGAAGCCUUACCUACAAACCACAACGACAAAUCUUAUCCUGCUCCUCCUUUAUCUAAAUUUAAUGUAAGAAAGAAGCCCUCAAUGCCCCAACUUGUAAAAGAGCCUGUAAAUCUGCCAGUUGAAGGACCGAUGGAGGAGCUAAGUGGCAUGGUAGAACAAAUGAUGGUCCUUGAUUAUGCUAACCAAAAUCAUGAUAGUCAAGAUGAUAUUUUAAAAAACGUUAGCAAAUUUGAACAAUAUAAAAAAAAUGAUCUACAAAGUGUUGAUUCACUAGUAGUGAAUUCUUUAAAGAUAAGCACUGGGACUUCGGAGUCUUUGGUAGACAGUCUUGAACUUCCGAGAAGUAAAAACUCAACCGAUGAUAACUUGACUAGUCAGAAUCCUAGAAUGAAUUUAACGGGGCAUUAUAGUGAACAAGAAGUGAUAAGGGGACCAGGAGAUAGAUCUGGUAUUGAUAAGUAUCAGGGUUCCAAUGGAAUAGAGAGAGCUGCGAAUCACAAUAGGCUACAAGAAAAUUCUAGUAGAGAAAAAGUUCAUACCUAUGGAAAUACAAUUCUUCCACCACCGCAGCAAGUUCAAACAAGAAAAAGUCCUUCUCCUAGUCCAAUAUACAACAACCCUGCUAACUCGAGCCCAAAGAAUGCUAAUGCAUAUCUUCCUUCUAAGCAGAUAUCGAAUAAUAAACCAAAUCCUAGCUUAGAUGCAGAAUACAAUAAGAACAUCAGAAUCGAUCCAGUCAGUAUUCCACAAGAAAGGCAUGAUAGAAAUAAGAUGAUGUCACCACAACAUCAAAGCGGUGGUUUUUCAGCAUCUCCGAUCAAGCAAAGUUCAGGAAAUGGUAUGGAUCCUUACAGUCAAAAUACUCACUACGAAAAGCCUGUAGUAAAUUUGCAGCAGCAAAAAGUUUCACAAGGACAAGAUGGAGCGCCUAAAGUAUAUGUAGCACCACAACAACCAGGUGUUGGCUCGGGAAAUCCAUCCAGAUCAAGUCUUGAUGUAAGAUCUGCACCAAAUCCAGCGCUCGGUCCUUCACCAAUGAAGCAAUCGAAGUCUUACUCAAAUCUACCUAUAGAUAAACCACAAUAUCGCCAAAACCAAUAUCCAGCCAUUCCAAAUAACUCAGGACCGGCUGUAUAUGAUAAUCAGCCUCCACAACAGCAACAGUAUACAAUUCCUCAAAAUCCUCCUCCAACUAAUGAAUACCCACAACAAUAUAAUGAGCACUUGAUGUCACCACAGAGACAAAAUGUUAGGAUGCCCGUAUCGGUACCUUCUCCAGUCAAUCCACCACAGAUGGGAUACAACGACGGAUAUGGUCAGAUGAUGCCGCCUCAGCCAGAUGCAUAUAACUAUGGCGGUAUGAUGGCACAUUCGCCAUCCCAAUACGGUCAAUUCAUGCCCCCACCACAACAGCAGCAGCAGCAAUUUUCACCACAUCAGUCUCCCCAACAACACAUGCAAAGUCCGUAUGGGAGAGGACAUGGGAAGGCUGCAGCUAUGGGCGGAAUGCCUCCACCUCAGCACCACUAUGGGAACAAAAGACAAAGCAAUUUUGUCCCAAGUGCUAUGCCAGGGCAAAUGGGUCCCCCAGGUGGCUAUAUGCCUGCUAUGGGUGUUCCUGUAGCACAUGGUAUGGGUGCUGGUAACAAGCUACAUGGUGUGAAUAUGAAUAAGAAACGAGAGCAAAAGAAGUUAUAUAAUGAUAUCAGGAGUGGUAACUUUGGUAUAUAA